AUGUCUCAAGAACCUAUUGCCGUCAUUGGUACUGCUUGUCGUUUUGCCGGAGAUGUCGAUACACCCUCCAAGCUAUGGGAAGUCCUGAAGGAUCCGACAGAUCUCCGCCAAGAGAUCCCCAAGGAGAGGUUCAACACGGAUGGCUUUUACCACCAUGAUCAUGCCUACCAUGGCCAUACUAAUGUCAAACACUCGUAUCUUCUCUCCCAAGAUCCGGCGACAUUUGAUGCCGAGUUCUUCAGCAUCAACCCCAUCGAAGCCAGAUCCAUGGAUCCUCAACAACGACUGAUCCUCGAGACGGUGUACGAGGCCAUUGAAUCCGCUGGCUUGACCAUCGAGGGAAUGUCCGGGAGCGAUACGUGCGUCUAUGCUGGAUCCAUGACUGCAGACUAUGAUGCUGCCGGAACUCGCGAUCUUGAUCAGCUCCCUACCUACGCUGCUGUGGGAACCUCUCGUGCCAUCUUAUCGAACCGAGUGUCGUAUUUCUUCAACUGGAAGGGCGCAUCCGUAACGAUGGACACCGCUUGCUCCUCUUCGCUGGUUGCUCUCCACAACGCCAUUCAGGAUUUACGAUUGGGUGAUUCGGGUACAGCGGUCGUCUGUGGAUCCAACUUGAUAUUGGGUCCCGAAUGUUACAUCAUUGAGAGCACUGUCAAGAUGCUAUCCCCAGACGGCUUAAGUCGGAUGUGGGAUAAGGAUGCCAAUGGCUAUGCACGUGGCGAGGGACUCGCCGCGCUCAUCAUCAAACCCUUGAGCGCUGCUUUGAGGGAUAAUGACAACAUUGAAUGCAUUAUUCGCGGGACAGGGACCAAUCAGGAUGGUAAUACUGCCGGUCUCACCAUGCCAAGUCCCCUCUCACAGAAAGCCUUGAUCGAAAAGACCUAUGCAAAGGCCGGUCUGGACUUGAGCAAAGUCGACGAUCGACCGCAGUACUUUGAGGCUCAUGGCACGGGCACGCCCGCGGGAGAUCCAGUAGAGGCAGAAGCAAUCCAUUCUGCAUUCAUGACAUCUGAUACCCCAGCAGCCCCUCAACGUCUGUACGUCGGCUCCAUCAAAACUGUCCUUGGCCAUACCGAGGGUACCGCUGGGCUUGCUGGCGUGAUGAAAGCCAUGCUUGCUAUUCAGAACUCGUGUAUCCCUCCAAACUUGCAUUUGAACGAAUUGAACCCUGCGGUCAAACCAUUCUACAAGAAUCUAGAAAUACCCCAAAACCACUGCCCAUGGCCACAGCUAAAUUCCGGUCAAGUGAGACGUGCGAGCGUGAACAGCUUCGGAUUUGGAGGUAGCAACGCCCACGCCAUCAUCGAGAGCUACGACAACAACCAGGUGGCCACGAGUGAUCAUCGCACUAUAUUCGGUCCAUUUGUAUUUUCGGCCGCGUCCGAGAAAGCGCUGCGAAGCAAUCUUGAAGCCUAUGUCGAAUACUUGGGAUCAGCCCCGAGUCACAUUGCUCCCGAUCUGGCAUACACCCUACGCAGCAGGCGUUCGCUACUUCAAUACCGUCUUGCGGUUCCGGCAGCUGACGGUGAAUCUUUGAGGGAGAAACUCGUCGAAUUCAUUGCAGGCAAUGCUAUUACAGCAAACAAUGGAAUCGUUAGGACCCUCUCAAAAAUUGGCAGUGAGAGCACAAGCAUCCUCGGAGUCUUCACCGGACAGGGAGCUCAGUAUGCUGCCAUGGGCGCUGAACUUGUUCGUGCUUCUCCUUGGGUUCGUCAGAUCAUCAUGCGCCUGGAAGCAUACCUGAUGGAUCUCCCCAAAGACGAUCAACCCUCUUGGUCUCUCGAGGCUGAACUGUUGGCAGACGCAGCCACGUCUCGCAGUGGUGAGAGCGCACUUUCCCAACCACUGAACACCGCCGUCCAGAUUAUGCUCGUCGAUGUCUUGCGAGCCGCUGGUGUGCAUUUCGAUGCCGUCGUUGGGCACAGCAGUGGAGAGAUCGCAGCCGCGUACGCCGCCGGCUUCUUAUCUGCAAGAGACGCCAUAUGCAUAUCUUACUAUCGCGGGGUCUGCUGUCAGUAUGCACAGAGCCCGAAUGGAGAUCUGCCUGGUGCCAUGCUGGCUGUUGGUACCUCGAUGGAAGAUGCCUUGGAGCUCUGCAAAGACGAGACAUUUGCCGGCCGAAUAUCUCUGGCUGCAGUCAAUUCCCCCUCCAGCGUCACCAUUUCGGGAGAUUCAGAUGCCAUUGAAGAGCUCAUGGUCGUCAUGGAAGACGAAAAGAAGUUUCACCGCCGCCUGCGUGUAGACAAGGCAUACCAUUCCAGCCAUAUGAAAGCAUGUGCCGAAAUGUACCGCAAUGGGAUGAUACGUGCCAAAGUUUCGGCAGAAAGGACGUCGCAAGCCCGCCUUUGCCAAUGGUAUUCCRGCGUAUACGAUGGAGAAUUGGUCGAUGAGUCUUUUGAACUUGCUGGAGAGUACUGGCUCAAAAAUUUGAUACAGCCAGUGAUGUUUGCACCUGCCCUCUCUGCAGCCCUCAAGUCGUCCAGCAAGCGUUUCGAUGCUGCUGUGGAAGUGGGACCACAUCCAGCCCUACAGGGUCCUUCAGCACAGAUCAUGCAGGACGAGCUGUCCAGCUCUAUACCAUACAGCGGCACGCUUCAGCGCAAUGGCAACGCCCUGACGAGCUUAUCAGCAACUCUCGGGUUUCUAUGGUCACAUCUGGAUACACACGCAAUCAAUCUUGACAGUUUUGAGAGGGAAAUGGCAGGGGACGAGAAACUCACUUUCCACCUUCUCAAGCAUCUUCCACGGUACCAAUGGAACCACGCCACAUCGUACYGGAGCGAGUCACGACGGUCCAAACAUCUGCGUACACGAUCCGAGGCCGUUCAUGCAUUGCUAGGCCACAUCACGGCGGAUAGUGGUUCUCAUGCUUUGCGUUGGAAGCACCUUCUGAAACCGGCCGAGAUGCCUUGGCUCAAGGGCCACGCGGUUCAGAAUCAAAUUGUUUUCCCUGCCGCGGGCUACAUCUCAACGGCAAUGGAGGCGGUGCGCUUCUUAGCCAAGGAUGAUGAGACAAUCCAGCUGAUCGAUCUCGUCGACUUUGUCAUACACCAAGCCAUUCCAUUCUCAGGCGAGGACAAUGGUAUUGAGGUGCUGGUGGAGAUCUCACAAAUCGUUCGGUCAAAAGACAAUCAACAAUUGACCGCAAACUUUUCUUACUCUGCUGCGCUUGGUGGGUCCGCAGGCAAGACGGAUCUAUCCCUCGUUGCGACCUCCCAAAUCCAGGUCCGCUUUGGGGAGCCCUCCGUAGGUCUCCUUACCGAACGGCAGCCAGAGCUUCCACAUAUGAUCGACAUCAAGCCCCAGCGGCUAUAUGAUUGGCUUGCAAGCUUGGAAUACAACUUCUCUGAUCCCUUCCGCGCUCUGACCAAGCUUCGGCGCAAACUGGGCUUCGCACGUUGUACGGGCCAAUCAGCGCAGAGAGAUGCUGAUUCUGCUGGUCUUUGGGUCCAUCCUGCGGAUCUCGAUGCUGCAUUCCAAGCUGUGAAUCUUGCAUUCAGCUUCCCAGGUGACGAGCAGAUCCGGCACUUGCAUCUGCCCACGACCAUUUCCAACAUUCGCAUCAACCCUGCUGCUUUGAGCAUCUCAAGGAGCACUUCGGAUGUCGAUGAAUUCAACGUGGAUGCCGUUUGGAGUCCUUCUGAUCCUUUGAUUCCAACGACGGGAAUCUCCGGUAACGCUUCCCUCUACUUUGGUCAGGCCGAGUCACAGUUCGCCGGCGUCCAGUUCGAUAGUGUCGUCCUUCAACCCAUUGGAGAUGCCAACGACGAGCGAAAAAUCUAUCACGRUCUCGAAUAUGUUCCCACCCAGUUGAAUGGUACCUUGGCUGCGGAGAAGCUCAUAGUCACGGAUGCAACCCUCAACCUCAUGCAGACGCUUCGUCGUGUGGUCUUUUUCUAUGCCCGACAGUUUGACCGCGAGGUGCCCGUCGAUUCAGAGGUCAGGAAGGCGGAGGUCACCGGUAAUUAUCUCAAUUACUGCCACCACAUCACAAACGAGCUCAAGCAAGGCGUUAGCAAGUUUGGAAAGCCAGAGUACUUGCAAGACACCAAAGAAGAUGUCAUGAAUGCUCUUCACGAGUUGGGCACGGAUGCCGAGAACACGGCCGAUGUCAAGCUCGUCCUCCUCGUUGGAGAGACCAUGCCCCGAGUCCUCAGUGGGGAGGCAGACAACAUGAUGGAGGAGAUGCGUCUCUCCGGACUCCUUGGCGAUUUCUACCAAUACGGUGCUGGCUUACAGCAAGCCACAAUGUGGAUCAAGGCUACCCUCAAGCAAAUCACGGAUCGUUCUCCUCACCUACGCAUGGUCGAGCUUGGUGCGGGUACCGCUGCGGCAUCCAAAGAUAUUCUGAAUACGAUUGGGCGAAACUUUGACGAGUACACGCUCACUGAUAUAUCCUCGGGUUUCGCAGAUGGUGCUUUGGAAUCGCUUGCAGGGUGGAAAGAUCAAACAUCCUUCAAGGUUUGCAAUGUCGAGGUGGAUCCCAUCGAGCAGGGGUUCAUCGAAGGGGAAUACGACGUGGCCAUUGCCAGUCAAAUUCUCCAUGCCACCGCCGACCUAGGCCAGACGGUACGCAACGUUCGUCGCAUGUUGAAGCCCGGCGGCUGGCUUCUCAUGGGGGAAUGCAGUCCGGACGGUGGGAUGCGCGAGGUUGGGUCCUUUGUCUUUGGCACCUUCUCGGGAUGGUGGAACGGAGUACAUGAAGGAAGGGUUCUAUCCCCUUUCGCUUCCUUCUCCCAGUGGGACACGAUUCUGCGAGAGAACGGUUUCGGUGGGAUUGAGGUGAGAAACCCUGAUAAUACCGCGGACGCGUUCGGAGUUGUGUGCAUAGCAGCACAAGCGGUGGAUACCCGCGUAUCCAUUUUGAGGUCGCCUCUGGCGGCUCCUGCCAACUCGGACGUGGACAGAGUCCUUCUCAUCGGUGGGGGCCAGUCGACAAUCAUUGCCCCCAUCGUCGAACAACUUCAACAGAUCUUGAAGGAUCUCGGAACCCCCGUCUCUUUCUACAACACCCUUGAAGACCUCGACGAUCAGUUGGAUACCCCUGGUGCCACUGUGAUCAGCUUGGCAGAUGUGGUCAAUCCAGUCUUUGAGAAUAUGACGCCUGCCCGCUGGGAGAAGUUCCAGCAGCUUUUCAUCGGACACAAAUCUGUUCUUUGGGUAUCUUGCGGACGACUCAAAGAUGGUUUGUACAGUAACAUGACCGUAGGAUUCGGCCGCUGUGCACUCAAUGAGGAAGCCGACCUACGCUUACAAAACCUGGACUUUGCUGACAUUUCCCAACUCGAUGCUCGUCGAAUUGCAGAGGCUUUCAUCCGCUUCACCAACAAGAGUGUUGUGGAUGCUAGCAGUAAGAACCAGCUWCUUCAUACUGAUGAGAGGGAGAUUAUCUUUGAUGGGCAAGGUCGUGAAAUGGUGCCGCGGCUUUCCCAUCAAACUCGACUCAACGAUCGUCUUCGCUCCGUCCGUCGAGCUGCACCCUACGAGACGGACCUGCAAAGUCAAGAAGUAUCUUUGGAGCAGAAUUCAAGCGGAAGAUAUCUUCGCCAGCUUUCGCGAUUCGACAAGACAAAGCUGCUGAAGGGCAUAAAGCAUGACUUCUUGCAGCUUCGCACGACAUACUCCACCCUUGGCGCGAUUCGAACGCCGCUAGGUUUCCAAUCUCUUGUCAUUGGGAUUGACCAUGAUGCCCAUAAAUAUCUAGCCCUCGCCGACUCGACGACGUCCACCCUGCGGAUUGAUGCGCAGUGCGCCGUGCGAGUAGAGCAAGAAGACAAGGAUGACUCUACGCUUUUGAAUUGGGCCGCAACUCGGCUGACUGCUCUCGCCAUAUUCGGGACAGCCCUCCCAGGACAUCGAAUGAUUGUCCACAAUGCAUCCGCUGGCAUGGCCGCAAGCAUUUCUGCAGAAGCACAAAAGCGGGGAGUGCGACUGAUCUUCACCACCUCUGUCGUUUCAGACGAUAAAAAAUUGCGGGCAGUCACCGACAGUACUCCAUACAUACGAUUGCAGCCUUAUGCUGGGAUGUCGGAGAUCCUCGCGGCGGUCAAUGUAGAUGUUGCCUGCUUGGUGGACUUCUCUCGCGAAUCAAACGCUUUGUCGACUACUCUGGCAGCCGCGGUUCCAGCUGUUUGCCGGAGGGAAACCCUCGAGACGCUUUAUGCUCCAGUGGCUGCUGGUAACAUCUCCGCUKACUCGUCCAAGGAGCCUCUGAGACAGCUUCUAUCGCAAGCUCUUCAGGAAACUAUGCCAAGAGAGAAUAAGGAUGAACUCACCUGUGUCGCACUGGGUGAUGUGGUCGGUGUCAAUCAAGAGCAUGCCAAAGAUGCCCUCACGGUUGUGGAUUGGACGAGGGCAACAUCUCUCCCUGCUCGGAUUUGCCGCCUCGAUGUGUCCCCCAUGUUCCAGCCCGACAAGACAUACUGGCUUUGUGGACUUUCAGGAGCGCUUGGAAUCUCAAUCUGCGACUGGAUGAUUGAUCGUGGGGUCCGGAAUAUGGUCAUCAGCAGUCGCAAUCCCCGAAUGGACCAGCGUUGGGUGGAGCAUCACAGCAUCAAGGGGGCCACCAUCAAGAUCAUGUCCUGUGACGUGACCAACGAGAAGGAGAUCCGCAACGUUCACCAAGACAUCGUUCAAUCCCUUCCUCCMAUUGCGGGUGUCGUGAGCGCGGCCAUGGUUUUACGUGAUGUAUCCGUCCGCAAUAUGCAAUACGAUCAGCUCCAAGAUGUUAUCCGGCCCAAAGUCAUGGGCUCCAUUCACCUGGACAGCAUCUUCCACGACAUCAACCUCGACUUCUUCAUCGUCCUCUCCUCCACCAAUGCCAUCAUCGGCAAUCCCGGACAAGCAAACUACGCCGCGGCCAACAUGGGAAUGGCGGGUGUGGCAAAUCGCCGUCGUCAUCGAGGUCUGCGUGCCAGCGCCGCGCAUGUCGGCGCCAUCAUGGGGGUAGGUUACGUGACGGACUCGAUUGAGCGGCUGGAACUCGCAGUCACCAUGACGAAUAUGAUCCGUGUCGGCGAGCAGGAAGUCCAUCAGAUGAUCGCCGAGGUAUUUGAAGCUGGAUUCGAAGACUCCUCCGUCCAUCCAGAGUUGGUCAUGGGUCUGAAGGAGGUCUCGCGCAGUGAACCCGGACAAUCGAAAUGGUCCGACGAUCCUAAAUUCUCCCGCCUCAUCCUACCUUCUUCCGCUGGCAAUGCCAACAAAGGAGCGGGCGGGACUACCGAAGAAUCCGUCAAGGAGAAACUCGAGGCGUGUAAGACUGAGCAGGAGAUUCAUCGAGUUCUCCAGCAAGCUUUUGCGGCUCAGCUGCGUAGGAUCCUCUUCAUCAAACUCUCCGACGAGGAAAUCAUGGAGAGCGCGAGUAGUAAUCUGGGACUGGACUCUUUAAUCGCCGUGGACAUUCGAUCGUGGAUCUUGAAGACCUUUGGCGUCAAUGUGCCCGUGCUGAAGAUCAUGUCUGCGGAUGCACGCAUGUCGGAUUUGGUGGCUGCGACGUUGGAAGACUUGCCACAACGCAUGACACCUCUGUUCGAUCGAAAGGGUGGUGAGAAGGAGGGUAGCAGUGAAGUGAGAGAUUCCUCCACGACUGAUAGUGAUACCACCAAGAGUGAUGGGGAUUCCUCCUCCACAGCGGACGUCACUGGCGUCACGACCCCACAGGAUUCCUCCAUGCUCAAGGAUAACAGCAUCGCAUCCGCCUCCUUUUGGGAUCAAGAAGCUCUUGCACCAGCGGGACUCGUCGUGAAUGAGGAUGCACCAGCAAAAGGAAAAGUUCCCGAAAUCGUCCUCCUCACCGGGUGCACUGGUCUUUUGGGUCAUCAUGUAUUGAACGCCCUGCUCCAGCAGUCGUCCAUUACAAAAGUCAUCUGCAUUGGUAUCCGAAGACUCUCCCAACGACUCGCAGCCGCCGAGCUUCCACCCCCAAGCUCUCGAAUUGAAUACCACGAAGGCGAUCUCGCCGUUCCAGGAUUCGGCCUGGACGAAGCCACACGCACCCGCAUCUUCAACGCAGUCGAUGCCGUCAUUCACAAUGGUGCCGAUACAUCACACAUGAAAUCCUACGCAACCUUGCACGAUACCAAUGUGCAAUCUACCCGCCAGUUAAUCCGCUUGUGUGUACCCCGUCGCACAUCCCUGCACUACAUCUCCUCAGCAGGCAUCGCGCUCGCCAGCUMCGUACAUCCCUUCCCCUCGAUAGCAGUAGACGGAUCCUCGGAGAAGCUGGAUGAAAUCACUCGCAGUGGUGCGAGAGGCUACAUGUGUAGCAAAUGGGUAUGCGAACGCAUGUUGGAGAAUGCGCAUCGAGAAUAUGGCCUUCCGGUCUGUAUUCAGCGUYCCUCGACUAUUAUCCGCCAUGGCGAGGAUGCGAAGACGCAACGAGCGGGUUUCGAUUGGGUCAACACGCUUUUACAAUACGCUCAUGAGAUUCAUGCCGUGCCGCUCGUGAGACAUAAUAAAGGUGCUCUGGACCUUGUUUCUGUCCAGACUUGUUGCGAGGAUAUUCUCAGGGAAGUCAUGUCUCGCCACAGUGCCGGAGAUGGGAUUACGUAUCAGAAUAAUGUGGGAGAUAUGGUUAUUCCCCUUGCGAAUUUGGGGGAUAUCGCUAUUCAGCAAGGAGGAUUGAAAGAAGCAUAUCCGAAAAUCUCUUGGGAGGAAUGGGUUGCACAGGCGGUGGAGAAGGGGCUGCAUCCUGCUGUUGCUGCUCUUAUUGAAGCGAUUGAUGAGCCGGGCGGGUUUGAUUAUCCUUUACUGCUCCGGGCACAAGGCUGA